AAAAACACUCCCGAAAAACAGCUGCAGGGGAUCGAUAGAUGCACGCACGUCGAUAGGUUACCUCCAUCAACAAUUAAUCAUAACAAUCGUUAUUAUUGUGCAACGUAACCUUAUUCCGCAGCUGGUCCCCUCGCAGAUCUCGUGACCAGGGACCAUCCAUUACUGUUGACACCGCCAGGUCUCUCGGUACGCCGAAAAGAAAAGAAGGCUCCUGUUGGAUUUUAGCUCACAAGGCUUCGCUCGUUAACAAGGCAAGACAGUAAGAAAGAGCGAGAGAGAGAGAGAGAGAGGCCGCAUUGAAGGGGGGGAAAAUGCCGUUUUCCGUUAACGGCAUCCUUUGUACACUGGCGGUGUUGGUGCUGUGGCGGGCGGAGGAGCUGACAGAGGCAUGCAGCUGUGCUCCUGUACAUCCGCAACAGGCGUUCUGCAACGCAGAUGUAGUGAUUCGAGCAAAGGUGGUGGGAGAGCGAGAGGUGGAUUCAGGGAAUGAUAUCUAUGGGAACCCGAUCAAGAGGAUCCAGUAUGAGGUCAAACAGAUCAAGAUGUUCAAGGGGCCCAAGCAGGACAUUGAGGCGAUCUUCACCGCCCCUGUGUCUGCCGUCUGUGGCGUUACUCUGGACACCAGCGGCAGGAAGGAGUACUUAAUCUCAGGCAAGGCAGAGGCUGGUGGGCACAUGCAUGUGACCCUGUGUGAUUACAUCAUGCUCUGGGACUCCAUGAGCCCCACCCAGAAGAAGAGCCUGAGCCAGCGCUACCAGAUGGGCUGUGAAUGCAAGAUUGUGCGCUGUCCCUCCCUGCCGUGUGAGAUCUCUGCUCCUGAGGAGUGCCUGUGGACAGACCUGAUGAUUGAGAAGCAGGUGUACGGUCGCCAGGCUAACCAUUACGCCUGUGUCAAGAGGGCAGAUGGCUCCUGUUCCUGGUAUCGUGGUGUCGCCCCGCCUAAGAAGGAGUUCUUGGAUGCAGAGGACCCCUAGUCACUUGGCAUGUGACUUGCCUGACUGCCCACUGCACAGCCUGACGAAAAAGAUAUAUAAUUUCAUUAAAGUUGAGGUUAAAGCGAUAUUUGUGAACAGGCAAAGUGAUUUUUUUUUUCUUUGUUGAUAUGAGGCAAAGCCAAUGUGACUAAAGUAAGUUGCCGGUCUGAGAACAUCCUCCAGCUUCCGUCUUUAUGUAGUUAUUGCCUGCAAAUAUUUCAGCCAGAGAAGGCAGUAUGGGUUCCUUUCAACCCUUAUUGCCUCUCAAUGGGGUUCAAACAACCCAAAUCAUGUUGCUCAGCACUUUCUGGUUUUCCCCACCUUGACUUUAGAGCGUGGUGCUAGAGGCUGUUCUCAGACACAACAUCUCUGUGUUAUAAAAAGAUAAAUAAAUCCGCAUCAUAAGACAUAGACUGGUCAAGUGAUGAUGAUGAUGAUGUAACUUCCUCCUGAGGCUGGCGUCAGGAGGAUUUGAAUUCGAGAGAGAGAGAGCACUUCCUGCCCCACAAAGCUCUUAGCUCCGCUCUCAGAUGACACCAAUCAAUCUAUGGGCCGUGGAUGAGCGUUCGUUACCCAUUGCAUUUCUACUUUUAUUACCUCAUUCUCCAUUUUAUUCCAAAGCCAAAUUCCAAGUUGCCUUUUGUUAAUAUUGUCUCCCUCUUUCUGAACGAGUCAAUUUUUCAGAUUACUGCUUCUCUCAUCCUUUUUUUUUUUUUAAUGCAGGGACCAAUUAGGCUAAUGGCAAAGUAGGAUACCGAUGUUAGCUGAACGACAGUCACGUGAUUGUGUCUUUAAAGAAAACACAAUGAAACAAUGCAUUUUGAUUCAACUCGCAUGGCUUAUCCUGCCUGGUGGUGGUGGUAGUAGUGGUGGGGGUGGGGUGGGGGAGUAUCGCAGUUCCAUCUGCUGAAAGUCCUUACUUGCAUUCUACAAAGCUAGAUUCGAGCCGUAGCCUUUGAACCAUCGUAAGGUCUCACUGGACCAGUCUAUGCUGUGUGAAAGUGAAGUGGAGCUCUUGAAAAAUUCAACACCUGCUCACGAGGUCUAGAACGCCCCACGGCCCGAUCUGAAAGGUCCUUUUCCUCACCCUCAUCCCUCCAUCCCCCUCCACUUCUCACAUCCCCCCGCCCGAAGUAAUUGUUUUAUUCCUGUCUAUCCUCCACUAGAUAUGUAGCUGUACAGUACCUAUGCAUAUACUUUUGUUGUUAUUUGAUAAUUAUUAUUUACAGCAUUAGAACUAGAUUUGCACUUUUUGAGGAUGAGUUUCAGUAAAAAGACAGAGCCUGAACAUGUGGAUGUGAUGCUAAUUAUCAUUCCCCAGAUGGACAGAUCCACCUCAGGUGCAGAGUUUGCCUAUUUUGAGUGCUUUUGGUGAUGCGUAAUUACCCAUAAAUAAAUUUUUUGCAGCUUAUUCUCGGUACCUUUGUCCAAGGAGAUAAAGUUAUACUUGUUGGAAGAAAGAAAAAAAAAGCUAGUAGAGUGUGAGCGGGACUGGUAUGAGGGAUCUUUUUGCAGAACAUAUGUGUGAAAGGGAGAAACAAAAAAGAGCUUGUGGGAUGUUAGACGGUGUCUUCGUAUUAUCUGUAAAACUCUGAUUGUAAAUGCAAAUGGCAAUUUCUUGAUUCGCUGAUAUAUUCUUGUGGCCCGUUCGUUUCAUGAGUAAUAAGGUCUUCACAUGCUUAACGUUAGCGCACUGCUUCGACUCUCGUCUCUUCCCAUUAUUAAUGAAAGCUUUAUAGCUGCCUAGAAAGCCAGUUACCCAAUGGGAGUUUACAGUGCUGUUUUAUACACACCUCGGACAUUACAUUAACAAAAUAAGAUAUGAACUAUUUACAGGCAUAAUUUAAAAGUAAACUCGCCAUUUUUCUAUUUCUUUGUAUCCCCCCCCCCUUCAGUGUUAUAACUGUCAUGAUUUUGGUGUUUUCGCUGUCUUUGUCUGACGUCUAGCUUUAGUGUCGAGUCAAGAAGGUCCUCUUGCGCUGGAGUGACGUGAGAGCGAGAGAAAUAAAUCCGACGGGGUAGUUGUAGAGAUUGACAGAUGGGUACUUUUGUGUGACUAGAGGACUAUGCAUGUGUUUAAUGCUUCGUGUAAGUCCAGGCGAUGGACAAAAUAUUCAGUAUUAUCAAAUAAAAACAAAAAAACCCACCCCAAAA